AUGACCAUUGAAGCCCUCCCCACCAUCCAUCUCGCGUCCUACCGCCUCGACCCAACCUCCACCCAGGGACUGGCUGAAUGUGAGAAGCUCUACGCUGCGCUGAAGACAUACUCCGCCUGUAUCAUCAAGGAUGAUCGCGUCAACCCUUCCGACAAUGAUGCAUUCCUGAACAUGUUGCAGGAAUACAGCGAACAGCCUGAUGCCGUGAAAGCACAAGAUGCACGACCAGAGUUGUCGUUUCAGUGUGGAGCGACGCCCGCGGGCACGGAGGUAUCGCGGUGUUCGAGUAAGGGAGUCAAAGCGAACCAGAAGUGCGAGACUGCUAUCAAUGCUCUCGACCCCUCCGAACGCCCCCUCCAACAAACCGGCCCAGACCCCAAAUGGCGCUACAUGUGGCGAAUGGGCACCCCGUCCUUCUCCAAAUUCGCAACCCUAAACUCUGGGCACAUCAUCCCUGCUGCAUUUCCCGAAUGGGAACAAACCAUGAACGCAUGGGGCUCCGCACUCCACUCCGCCGUAUCCACCGUCGCGGAGAUGAUCGGCGACGCAAUGAUGGGCUCCGGAAAGGGUGCUGAGAAACUGCGGAGUAUCACUCAGCACGGGCCGCAUUUGUUGGCGCCCACGAUGGUCGACUUAGAUAGACAUGGGGAGGAGAGCGCGGUCUACGCUGGCUUCCACCAAGACAUUUCCCUUCUUACUAUUCACGGGAAAUCCCGAUUCCCUGGUCUGUACAUCUGGGUCGACGGCAAACGCGUCGCAGUUCGCGUACCGGAUGGUAUGCUGCUUCUCCAAGCCGGAAUGCAACUCGAACGCAUCUCAGCCGGGGAGAUCCGUGCGGGCUGGCACGAAGUGGCAUGCACAACCUCCACGCUCGAGGCAGUAAGGAAGGCGAAGGAAGAUGGGAGGAGUGUGCAUAGGGUUAGUAGUACGUUGUUUUUUCAUGUGGAGAGUGAUGAGUGGUUGGAGGAUUUGAAUGAGAGGGCGGGGGCAGAGAAGAGGGAGGGGUUUGAGAGGAUGUUGGCGGGGGAGUUUGUUGCGGCUGAGUUGUCCGAUAUUGGGUUGUCGAAGGCCGAGGCUGAGAUUGUUUCGUGA